AACCCAUCUAUGGAUACUUUGGUGUCUUCGAAGCCAGUCGGACCUACAGGUGGACCAAUUCUGUGACUUCAUGAGAGGGGAAUCAUUUUUGGGACACUUUGUGGCCGCCAUCUACCCAAGUGGAGAUGUCUGAGGAAAAUCUGGGGGAAGAAUCCGGCAGCUCCCCUGUUUCUCCUGUGGACAGCCUGAGCAACAGCGAGGGGGAGCUGGACAGACAACCGAAGAGGUGUGGGAGGAAGAGAAGACCUAGCAGGAAAAACGGGGAGGACUCAGAUAGCCCGACCCCUGGGAAAAGAGGGAAGAAGUCCAGCAGCAGCAGCCCCCAGUCUUUCGAGGAGCUCCAGUCGCAGCGGGUCAUGGCCAACGUCCGGGAGCGCCAGAGGACCCAAUCUCUCAACGAGGCGUUCGCGGCUUUGCGUAAAAUUAUCCCCACUUUGCCCUCGGACAAACUUAGCAAAAUACAGACCCUAAAACUUGCGGCCAGAUACAUCGACUUCUUGUAUCAGGUGCUGCAGAGCGACGAGCUGGACUCCAAAAUGUCAAGUUGUAGUUAUGUGGCUCACGAGAGGCUGAGCUACGCCUUCUCUGUAUGGAGGAUGGAGGGCGCUUGGUCCAUGUCAACAUCUCACUAGCAUCUGGAGAAGUUAUGCCCUAAAUGGUGACUGCUGAAUCUACUUAUCAUAUUCUGACGGGACAAAUCUGGAGUCCAAUGCUGGAUACAUGGGAUCACUCUAUUUAAACCAUAGACGACAGAAGCUCUGGGGGAUCUUUUUUUGCAGGAGGCCUGUUGGGGACCUGCAGCCGUGCGAUAGCUCCACACACUCCCACUCUGAUGCUUUUUCAUGUUGUUGACGACGAAUGUUGAAAAUAUCAUGUGGUUUUUAUUUUUUAAAAAAAAAAAGACAUUUUUUAAAUGCAUGUCUUUGGACUUAUUUCUGUGGAAGUGCAUUAUAGAAGCAGUUGUGAGACUGUCAACUGGUGGUGUAGCUCACAUUAUAGGCUGACUGUGUGGAUCUAACCUGUGCAAAAAUAAAAUUCAGAAUACAUUUAUUUAUUUAUUGGUGAAACGCGUUACAUGGAGGAAUUGAU